UAAGGGAGAUUUGUGGUUGGAGAAACUGUGACAUCCCAAGGGGAUUGUUAGCCAGCUACAGGCUGUUAUAAGGCACGUCAGUCAACCCACCACUUUGAUUUUCUUCAGUUAACUAUACGAUAUUAGCAAGAUAAGCAAUAUGCACUGGGAGAAAUCGCCACCAUCAGCACUGUCCAGAUCAAGACCUUACCAAGGCGUUCGAGUCAGAGACCCGGUCAAAGAGCUCCUGAGGAGAAAGAGGAGUCUGGAGCUGCACAGCACCAAGACAGCACCCCCUACUGUGGAUGUGGUCGCACACAACAACCUGUCAUCAUACACACAAGCCAUCUUUGGCUCUGAUGCUGCCAACAGCAAUAUAGCUGAGCCAUCAGCUACAGCUGGAAACGCAGGGCUGCAGUGCACAGGAUGGAAAGCGCCAACCCCUGCCACCAGCGCUGGUUUGCAGCCUGCCAUCACGCCGUGGUCUUCACCUGAAUACAACCAGCAGGACCCCUCAGCUCAGACUCUAGCCUACCCAGCCACCACCCUGACUGCAGACUUAUACAUGCAGACUCUGUGCCCCAGCUACACCAUGCUGACCUACACACACACACCACUGCUCACCAACUUUGGGACCAUACCAGUUGCCCCAGCACCAGCCUCCCUCCCUCAGAUGGAGCUCCCAGACUCAGGGUUGACCUACCUUCCCUGGGCCCAGCCCCUCACCACCAUAUCAACCAUGCCCAACCCAGGGGUCCAGUUUGCUCCUGGCUCUGCAGCCCUGUCCGGCUCACCUCUGGUGCACAUGCCCUUGUCCAUGUCGCUGACCACCAUGAUCCCUCAGCUGGAGGCCCAGGGUGCUGACCCUCAGCCCCAAAUCCUUGACCUUCCACAGCGUUCAGGACACCAUCUGGCACCUGAACCACGAGACCAGUCUCUGGAUGAAGAUCCAGGGAUAGAGCCAGAAUCACCAAACCUACUGGAUAAACUUCUGGAGGACCACAAGGAAGCUGGUGAAGAGGAAGACAAAGACUCGUACAGUGGUUCGCUCUUCAUACCCAAUGUCUGAAAAUAUGAGUGUUCAUUUUGUCUGUAGAGAGCAGUAUUUUUACUCUUACUGUCAACUCAGGGACCAUGUUCUUAUAGACUUAUUAACAGGUGUCAUUUCUUAUAUUAUUAAUAACUGCCAUCUUUUCAGUCUUAUAGUGCCAGAGUUAGAGAUAAUUGAGAUUAUUACAACUUGGGUCUUGAUGUUGUAGCUGUGGCCAAAGUAAUGUAUGGGCAAAUCUGGCAAGUGUCUCCUUGACUGAGCUCUGGGAACACAGCAACGUUACUACAGUGAGCAGGAGGUAGGUCCAAGCUGAACCAACUGAGUUGGUCUGUAAAGUAUAUUGGAGGUUUACAUUGGAUAGUUUAGGUAAUAAUUCAUAGAUCACUUUAAUUUUCUGGUUGACAUUUUUUUAAAACCUGAGUUAUAUUAAAUACUAACAUUUGUAAGUAAUAAAGUGUUGCCAAAACCUGUGUGAUGAUGAAUAUUUUAUUUUUUUUUUAAUUUAAUUUUUUUUUUCUUACAACCAAUAAGCACGACACCUCCUUCUUUUUUUCCUCCUUAUUCCCUGUAAUGGAAACAACUUUCUUUACUUCUCUUACCUUUUUCUCCAGUGAAGUUUAGUUUAUUUUUAUGCUCACAGAUGCUACAAAUAAAUUGUAUCAAACUGAUGGGAUUUUUUUUGUUUUUUAAAUAUUUUAAGGCUGUUUUUUAUUGAGUAUAUAAUAAGAUAAAAUGCUCUUCUUAACCUAUUUCAUGUUCGAUUUAUACUCUUGUUAAUAGAAAGUCAGGAAAAUGAUGCUGCUGUUAUAAAAUCUGUAAUUAAUGUUGUCAGUUAACAAGAAAAUUAAGAAUGA